CAAUGCUAUUUAGUCGUUCAGUUACUACAGCGUAAAGCGGUCGUAACGGCAUAGAAGUAGAUCGGUUUGUUGUUAUUGUGUGCGAAGGCCAUAAUUGGCGUAAUAAAUACUUGAAACGGAAAAAUUUUAGUUUUUGUGCAAAUAUAUAAAUUUCUCCAAGAAUCUUUAAUUAGAAUUAAUUAAUUGCACAUCUCAGACUUUAACGGAUAUUUACGCCAACAACAAUAACAGUACAUAGACAUGACUUGUGCAACGUCCACAGUGAAAUUUCUAGCCUUUCUAAUGAAUGUGCUCUGCUGUAUAGCGGGCGCUUUCAUGCUAUCGGCUAGCGCAUAUUCCCUGGUGCAAUUCGAUGCCAGCGAAUCCAUUAAGAUCCCCUGCAUUAUGGGCGUGGUUUUGGGCGGUUUGCUCUUUGUCACCACAAUAGUGGGCUGCUGUGGCGCCAUACGCGAGUCGCCGCGCACUAUUUUGGUUUACGCCAUCAUUUUGUUUCUGCUUCUACUCGCACAAAUCGCUGUUAUCUUCGUGCUGCCCAUAAACUUCUCCAAAUUAGCCGCGGAGACGAUACAGAAUGCUUGGAAUCGGCAGAUGAGCGAUGAUGCGAUGGAUAAUUAUCAAAUUAGAUACGAGUGCUGUGGCAAAAAUGGACCCAACGAUUACAUCGACAGUGGUCUAUCCAUACCGACAAGCUGUUAUCUCAAUCGCAAGCCAGCCAUUGCAAAUGAUCUCUACACAGUCGGUUGCAUUGAGAGGUUAACACAAGCCUUUUCUAACGGUUCGCGUAUAGAAGUAAUCAGCGAUUGGACAUUGGUGGGCGUUGAGGGUGUCACCAUAAUUGUGGCAUGUAUUCUGGGCAUCAAUUUCAAAAAUUUGGAAAGAAGACGCUAUUACUAAUAAAAAGUGACUUAUUAUUUGUAAAUUUAACAGUAUUUUCUACAAGAAAAUUUAAUUUAAAAAAUGUUAACGUUUAAAUAGUUA